AUGAGUUGUAACUCUGUCCUUACGAUGGCGCCUCUCACUGACAAUGCCGGCGAAUCGUUUGGGAAUGUACCAAGUCAAUGGUCCAGUGCUGGAAACCACGAACACUCUGGCUACGCUCCAUCAGGUUUCACUGAUUCUGCGACCAAGUUGCGAAAACAGGGUCGAGCCAAAAUUAUGAAGCUAAAGAAGACUGUGACCAUUUUGUUCUUCAUAUCUACAGUCCUCCUUCGGUUUCCGAUAAAAAAGCUGGAAGGUGAGAAUAUUGCCCUUAAGGAUGAAUGCGGCGAAGUAAACGAGUUGAAACAUUUAAACGAACAGCUCUCUCGUCGCUCCGAACAGUGUAUGGAACAGCUGUCCUGCCUUAAGAGAGAACUAAACUAUAUGGUAAGUUAUUGCUUUCCCAAUUGUGCGAAUCUUAACAAAACGCCAAACGGCAUCUGGCUUGUUCCUUACAUUUUUUUACUCCUGGAAACAUGUCAGAGUUGGGUGCAAAUGAAGAUGAGGAUAAAGAUACUCGGUUGCUACAAUUUGCGAUAG